CAUUAAUCCGCCUGAAACGUACUAAAUUCGAUUUGACUAUUUUCAAUCGGUUUUAAUACCGCAUUUUCGGUGCAGAAAUCCCGAUCGAUUCGGAUUACAUUUUUAAAAAUCCGUUUUAAUCGAUCAUUUUCGGCAGGGUUGCUUGCGCAUGUGUGCGGUGUUCGUAAAAUAUCUUAAAUGGCACGCUUGCUAAAGACUUUAGAGAUAUCUAUGAAGAGAUAUCAUAAAGAGUUCUUCUGAAAGAUAUCUUACAAAAAGAUAACUUACUGAUAUCAUUUCUAAGAAAAUUUAAUUAAGUCUUUAAAAAGUCCUCUUAAAGAGCUCAUCCUCUCAAUAAUGCUCACUGGAAAACAUCCUGUCAUAAAUGUAUAGAAUAUUUUCUUAUCUUAUUUAUAGAGGACAAAUAUAUGAGUGUACGCGAGGGGUAUAGAUGGUGGCUUAAGAGAGUGCUUCCUAAUUAACAUAUUUUUAAAUAUUAAAGAUAUUUGCAUACUACUAAGUAUACUUAAAAAGCUCUUUUAAGAGCUAUUUAGAAGAGAGAGAUAAGGAGAGGAGCAGUAGUUCCUGUUAAAGGUGGAUCGGAGAGUGCAAUUAGCCGAAGAGGAAUAUGAGGUUAGAGGUAAUAUAGUUGAGGAAAGAAAUGGUGAGUACACUGGAACGAUAGAAUAAAGAAUACUACUAGAUAAGAAGUCCCAGGAAAUAAAUACAAAGGAUCUGAAAGAUAAUGUUAUAGUAAAUCAGUUAAUAGAUAUAAAGGUACAAGAAUUUGAUAAAUUCAUGUUAGACUAUAGAAAAUCAUUAGUUUGCAGUAACGAAAGAAAAAGGAAAGUAGAUAAAGAAUUAGGAAGUGGUGCAAUAAAGAAAAUGGGUAAGAAAACGGCAAAACAAAGUACUUUUAAAAAAGAUUUAGUAUUAAGGAAGAAAAAUCAGGAAGAAAAUGACGAAAUGGAGACAGAAGUUUAUUUAUCGGAAGGAAAAACAAAAAAAGAAAUUUCCAAAUAUGCUGCUAAUGAAACCAUUAUUGAGUCUAAUGCAAUCAAAAAUAACGGAAAUGAUAGUGAUAAUUAUAUCAUAAUUGAUAAAGAUAAGAUUAUUAGGAAUGUAAACAGAUUAGUGAAAAUUCAAGGUAGAUUAGUGUUAGAAGGAAAAGGAACAGAAAAGAAGAGUCUAGAACAAAUAGAAAAAGUUAACAGAUUUGCAUCAAGUCAUAGAGGAAAUAUAAUUAUUACAGCUAAGCUUAAUCCAAGGAAAUGCUCUACGAAGGGAGGUAGGAAUUUCCUACGUAUUAUAGAUAAGGUUAUGGAAACAAAAGUGAGACCAAUAAAAGUGGUAUUCCACGCGAUGAACAAGAUAUAUGGUUUGACAUAAUAGAAAGGAUCGUAAGAAGAAAAGGAGUUAUUUCAGACUGGGACAUGUCAUUACAAAGAUUUGGCGAAGCAUUGGAUGAUAAAAAUAAGAUUAUCUGUGCUGAAAAUAUAAGAAAACGUGUAUAUAAUAAUGAGUUACAGGUAUAUGAAUGGAAAGAUACUAGGAAUAUAGUCGUGACUUUUGAGGAUAAUAAACUACCAGAACAAUUAAGUAUUUACGAAGGGCUGACUAAUAUAAGAGUAAGACCAUACAUCCCAACGGUUAAGCAAUGCUACAAGUGUUAUAAAUAUGGGUUAAGCAAUUUUGCAGGAAAGAGUAUAACAUAUGUGCCCAGACAGCACAAGUAUGUUCUAUAAACAUUCAUAGAAUAACAUCGGAGAAUGUUUGAAUAUUCUUAGAAUAUUAUUACAUGAUACUUCGGAGUUUUUGUGAACCUUUAAUGGAACAUUAGAAGUAGACAAAAAGUCACGUAUUGUGAAUGUCCUAUGAAUAUUCUAUAGAAUAUUCUAUGAAUAUUCAAAUUACUUCACAUAAUAGUUCCUUAAUAAUUCUUUAAAUAUUAUGAGAAUAUUCUUUGGAUAUUAAAUAAACUUUUAUAGAACAUUCUGCGUAUUUUGAUAGAAUCUUUUUAGGAUAUUCUAUGAAUAUUUGGAUGAGCGAGUAUAGGUAAUGAAAGAAAAAAGAUAUAGAUACAAAUAAUAUAGAUUUUAUAUUAUAUAGUUAAUAUAUAUAUUAUAUU